CAAACUUUCGGGGGGCUUCUCGGUGCUUUAUCCAGCAAGCUACGGCGACGCAUCCUCAUCUCCGCGCGGAGACGCUCGUGUGACUCGGCUCAUAUCCCAAGGCUGCCGACCUUCCUCUUCUCGCAACGAUGCCUCCUCCCUCGCUGGCGCAACAGAAGAUCCUCCUCGCACAGUUCGUUUCCCUGACUGGGGUCUCGGAACGUCAGGCGACUCGGUAUCUCAAGUCAACCGGCUACAAGCUUAAUGAGGCCGUUGAUGCAUUUUAUAUGAACUCGGCCAAUGAAGCAAAAGGCCCAUCUCCCUUGGAUUCAAAGUUGGAUGCUCUGUUCGAUUCACUAAGAGAUGACGAAAAUGAUGAAAAGGACAAGCUGGAGCUGGAGUCUACCAUGGGCUACCUAAGCGAGAAACUUAAUGUCAGCUUGGAAAACGCUGAACUUUUCGUCGUCUUGGAGCUUGUGCAAGCCCCUAGUGUGGGCGAAAUCACCAGAACCGGAUUCAUCGACGGUUGGAAGGCAAGCGGGGCUGGGGCGUCGCACCAAGAGCACGCUUCUCAUGUACGGAAGCUUAUAUCCGAUCUGUCAUCAGAUAGCGCUUUGUUCAAAAAAGUCUACAGGUACGCCUUUGUCGCUGGCCGCGAAAAGGACCAAAAGUCCUUGGCCCUGGAAAAUGCUCUCAUCUACUGGAGCAUGCUGUUCUCGGCCCCGGGCAUGGCAUGGAAAGGCAAACACGACUGGCUGGAGCUGUGGAAGGCGUUUUUGGGCGAGAAGUGGACCAGAUCCGUUAACAGGGAUAUGUGGAACAUGAUCUUGGAGUUUGCCCUGAAGACCAUCAAGGACGAGUCGCUAUCAUUCUGGAGCGAGGACGGCGCAUGGCCAAGCGUCAUUGACGACUUUGUCGAGUGGUGCAAGCAGAAGGGCAUUGGGAAGUCUGAGACUAUGGAUGUCGACGACCAGUGAAGCUGAGGAUCUGGAAAGCCAUUUUACACAACACGCUUAUUCGGGAUGGAGAUUAUCGAUACGUUUCUUGACGGCAUGGGGGUUUCAUCCUUACUAUAUUAUGAGUUGAAGCGAGACCCGCUUUUUCGUCUGGAAGGAAAAAGGGCUGGCUAUGAUCUUUAGAGAUGCUAGAUGAGGCUGGCAGCGCAGACUUUCAGCUCUUCUGGCAUACAAUUUUUGUGACGAUAUAGACUUUAAGCGCCAAUUAAACAAAAAUCACAUGUAUGUUUAGACAGGAUGGCGUAGUGUGAUGUUGUAUAUAUGCUACAUGUAUACGCUUUAGUAUGUAUCAUGUGUCAGACUCUUAUACAUUCCCUCCAUUGACACCACCAUCUCAUGUCUCAUGAUGUGGCAAUGCCGUUGCCAGUAAACACCAAAAACUUGUACAGCGCAGUUUGGAAGCGUCAGCUUCUGUUCCCCUGUUGCAUAUUGAUGCCAAGCAUUGAUAGUUCCUCUAGCCCCUUGUCGACACCUCUCUUUCGGUUUUCUGGUACAUCAUCAUAAUCUUACACGACGUUAAUCCCAUUUUCGGAUCCCAGCUAGCGCAUGUACUCCCGUUCCCAUGAUUUUUGUAAGUCGUUUUGCAUCCAAAAGGUGCUUCCAUGCGGUGUAUAAAGCAAAAAAAGAAAAAAAAGAAAAAGAAAAGAAAAAAAGAAGAGCUGAAACAUAAACCCCCCUC